AUGGGGGAUUUCAACGAUUUAUUAUGGGAUUGGGAGAAGGUGGGCAGGGUUCAUCAUCCUGAGUGGCUGUUACGAGGGUUCCGGGAGGCAGUGAGUGAGAGUGGUCUUACUGACUUCGGGUUUGAAGGGUUUCAGUUCACGUGGGAAAGAGGCCGGGGGACGGAGAGGUGGGUUCAGGAGAAGCUAGAUCAUAUUUUGGUUACGGGGGAUUGGCGGGAUUUGUUUGGUGAUGCCCGGGCUUGGUCUCUUGAAGGAAGCUGUUCUGACCAUAUGCCAAUUUUAUUAAAAUUGGCGUCUGCAAGAAGGAGGGUGGGUAGAAAUAAGGUGAGGUAUGAGAAUGCUUGGGGUUACUAUGAUGAAUGUCGUAGGGCAGUGAAUGAUACAUGGGAGGGGAUGAAUGGCUGUGAUAUUGUGCAUAAAUUAUAUUGCUGUAAAGAAGCUGCAUGGAGAUAG